UGUUUAAAAUCAACCAUGAAGAAGUGUUCUCGUUGUGCGUGUUAAAUAGUGAGAGUUUUUUUAUUGAAAAUUUAAGUGCCAACAUAGACAAUGGAUGAGGUAGCUUUCCAAGACUGGCCUGGACCUCCUGUUGACAUGAACGCUGGAAACAACCCCUGGAUGCCUGCCUAUGGAUUUCAAACUCCGAGCGCCUUGUUGGAAAAGGAGGAUUUUAUUGGAAAUCCUG